UCCAAAGUCCACUCAAAACUCGUUGAAUGUGCUUAGCAAAAUAUCUAAUUCUGACUACUUUAAAAUGGCUAAAAAAGGUGGUGCAAUGCUAGACCUACCUACAGCAUGUCGUUUUGCAGUCCUUGAAGUUAGUGACGACAGUGAAGAAGACGCAAAUUCAACCACUUUAAACAAGAAAAAUACUGCAAAAACUGCAACAGGGAAAAAUGACAGCUCCUCUGUUUCCUCAAAGAAAAAGAAGCAAAAGAAACGAAAACAUAAAAGUAAAACUACUCAAGCUGAUGUAUUGGAAGAAAUUGAGGUUCCCUCUCAGAUUAGCAGUGAAGUACAUGUAAAUACAGAAAAACCAGAAGAAGAUUGGCAGUCAUGGCAAAAUAGAGAUGAACAGUAUGUGUUGGAACAAUUUCAAAAAGAUUUAAAGGCUGCACUAGAGGCUAGCAAGAUGACAAAUUAUUCAAGAGAUCACCAAGAAAAUGAUUUAUCAUCUAYUAAAAAGAAAAAGAAAGAAAAAACAAUAUCAUUAGAUGAAUUUAUUAGUGGAAAUACAGAAACUAGUCAACCAGAGACUAAUGGUACUACUUCCAGUUUUCCAGAUAACACAUUAUAUGGAUUAGAUGACUUUCAGGAUGAAAACAUUCCUGUAAGUAUACCAUUGCAUGAUGAAAAGCCACAGAAARCUAAGAAGAAAAAGAAAGGACAUGAAAAAUCAGUUGUUGAAGAAGCUGCAAAGAAAGAGUCAGACCACAAAGAACAUAAAGUAUCAGCGUCUCAUGAAGAAUCAAUAAAAGCAGAAAUGGUUCAUAUACAAGAAGAACUGACCAAGAAAGAUGAACUUGUAGAGAAACAGCAAAAAACUAUAGAGAAACAAAAAGGCUGGAUUAGUGAAUUACAAAAAGAAUUAGCACAAGUAAAAAAGAGGAAUAAACAGCUUUGUCAUAUACUAGGACAGGGAGAAAUGAAAGAAAAAGCUGAUUUACUACUACAAAUAGAAGAAUUGAGUGAAGUUAGAGACCAGGUUGUCCAGCUUCAUGCAGAAUUAGAGCAAGAAAGAUCAAAGUCAUCUGCUUUAAAACAGGAAUUAACAAAACACCAGACAUCACAUGGAAGACCAAGACAUGGCUCAACAUCAUAAACAUUAGAAAAGCCAGUUAUUCAGAGCAACAAAAAUUCAUUUAAAAAGAUURUUUAAAGAACUAAAAAGUGGAAAAACAAAUGGAAAAUGAACAAAAAAAUCUCUUUUCUCUUCUCUCAUUUGGCUAAACAAAUAUUAGACUAAAUCAGAUAUUUGUUGGUAUUACAAGACUGGUGGUCACUUUGAUCAAAAACAUGUUCAGACAAACUCAUUUCCAGACCUUCACUUUMAUUUUUCCUUGGAAAAAUGAGAUUGGAAGAGAGAAUAGGCCCAAAACCAUCCUCGGGAACCCAGGGGUAUUUUUUCUGGGAGUGAGGAACGAACGACAGAAGAUUACCCCUGGGUUCCCGAGGAUGGCCCAAAACAAGAAAACAGCUUCUGAUACUACUCCCAUUUUUUUUUUUUUUUUUUUUUUUGCUGUUUUUUUGCUUCCUAUUGAAUUGUGAGAAUAAUUUCAUUUGUUCAUUUUUCAUUUGAUUUUCAUUUAUUAUAAAAAAAAGAUUUUCAGCCAGGGACAAGGUGUUACAUUUACUUUAGUCAACUGGCUCAAGUCAAUCUUUAAAUUUAUUCAUUCUUUAUUUUUAGCCAAUCAGAGAGAAGUUUUGUAGAUAGUACCUACUCUCUAAAAUGGGCUUCCUGUGUUGAGUCARUCAGAUUCCCACAUGGAACCCAAACAGAAAGGAGGCUGACAGAGGAUUAGUUUAUAAUAUUUGCACUCCAGUCCAUGGCUGAAAAUCAUGUAAACAAUGUUAAUAAAAAAGUUGUUGUUCUGAUGUGAAAAGAAAAUGUCAUAGAUUUUUCAGUUUAUUUUUAUAUUCUGACAUUUUUUGCAAGCAUAAUUUUAGAACUGCUUGUUAAUUGAGUUCUAAGAUUACUGAAAGUUAACAAAAAAAUUUGCAUAGAUCUCAUUUUAGCAAAACGUAUUGAUUUUUGUAGAUCCUUAAAUUAUCUUCUGUUGAAAAAUAAUUAAAAGCAUUUUCAUGCAUU